AUGACGAUCCUCGGCCUCAGAUCACUGACCUUUGCCGCUCUUUUUGUCAUCCACGAGGUGGCAGCGGAGUACGGCAUGGCUCAUUUCAGUGAUGACGGCAAAGGAAAGGACUACUGCAUUUUCUUUAACUCUCAGUGGGCGCGUCUGCCUCAGGACCUGAACAAGGCGUCGCGGCUCCAGAUUUACGAUUUAACCACGUCGGUCCUGUGCUCGCCCGCCGACGUCCCGGAAGGGGGCUUCCCAAACCGCAUCGCCAUGGUGAUGAGGGGCAACUGCACUUUUUAUGAGAAGGUCCGCCUGGCCCAGAUGAACGGCGCCAAAGGCUUGCUCAUCGUCAGCAAGGACAGACUGACGCCUCCAGCGGGGAACAAGACUCAGUACGAGGAGAUUGAUAUUCCCGUUGCGCUGCUCAGCUAUGCGGACAUGCUUGAGAUAAGCAAGACGUUCAGCGAGGGGAGGCUGGUGGCCAUGUAUGCCCCCAACGAGCCGGUGCUGGACUACAACAUGGUCAUCAUCUUUCUCAUGGCUGUGGGAACAGUCGCCGUGGGCGGCCACUGGGCCGGCAGCAAAGACCGUAAGAAACGCUACAUGAAGCACAAGCGUGACGACGGCGCAGACAAGCAGGAUGAGGAGACGCUGGACGUGACGCCAAUCAUGAUCUGCGUAUUCGUGGUUAUGUGCUGCAGCAUGCUGGUUCUUCUCUACUUCUUUUACGACAGCCUAGCCAUUUGGGUGAUCGCCAUUUUCUGCCUGGCGUCGUCCGUGGGUCUGUACAGCUGUCUUUGGCCUUUUGUGCGCCGCCUUCCUUUCUGCAAGUGCAGAAUUCCAGAGAACAACCUUCCCUACUUGCACAAGCGUCCUCAGGUGCGUGCCCUGCUGCUAUCAGCGCUCUGCGUGGGCGUCAGCGUCACUUGGAUGGUGUUUCGCAACGAGGAUCAGUGGGCAUGGAUACUGCAGGAUACACUGGGGAUCGCCUUCUGCCUCUACAUGCUCAAGACUGUCAGGCUUCCUACAUUUAAGGCUUGCACUUUACUACUGACGGUGCUCUUCGUCUACGACGUUUUCUUCGUGUUUAUCACGCCCUUCUUCACCAAGAGUGGGGAAAGCAUCAUGGUGGAGGUGGCAGCGGGCCCCUCGGACUCGGCCACGCAUGAAAAGCUUCCGAUGGUGCUGAAAGUGCCGCGCUUGAACUCCUCACCCCUCGCACUGUGCGAUCGGCCUUUCUCCUUGCUGGGCUUUGGCGAUGUCCUGGUGCCGGGCCUGCUGGUGGUGUACUGCCACCGCUUUGACAUCUUGACACAAUCCUCCAGGAUCUACUUUGUUGCCUGUACAAUCGCCUACGGCGUGGGCCUGCUGAUCACCUUCGUGGCGCUGGCCGUGAUGCAGAUGGGCCAGCCGGCCUUGCUCUACCUGGUGCCUUGCACUUUGCUCACCAGCCUGACUGUGGCGCUGUGGCGCCGAGAGCUGCCUCAGUUCUGGACCGGCAGCGGUUUUGUGCCUGCCAUAGCACUCGCGCCCAUCAAGUGUACGCAAACAGAGGUGCCGCAGCCCGACGGGUCUCAGGGCGCCGAUGCGACCAAUCGGAGCGAAGACCCCAGUCUGCCUCCAGAUGCGCCCGUGAUAGAAAACGAAGAAAAGCUCAACUAA